AUGAAAGAUCCUUGUGAAUAUCUUGAUAAAAUAAACUUCAACACGAAAAGAUUUCCCCAAUAUACUCAUUUGAUAGAAAGCUGUCCUUCUGAGAAUGAAAAUGAAAAGAUUGUAAGAAUUUGUCGAUGUUGGCAAUCAUCGAAAUUCCCUUACUGUGAUGACACACAUAAGAUUUUCAUUGAGAAUGGAGACAGUGUUGGCCCUUAUGUAGCAAAGUUAGUUAGCUAUAAAUUAUCAGAUGAAGAAAAAUUGAAAAAGCAAAAAUAUAAUGAAAAAUAUAUAAAAAUAAAUAACAAAUUGUCUUCUGAUAAAUCUUCUGUAUUAAAUGUGAGUGUCAACUGUAAACCGUACAUAAAUUAUAAAUUAAAGAAAUCUGUUCUUCUUUCAUUUGUUGUCCUGACAUCAGCGUUACUGUAUGGUAAAAAAGAAAAAUUAAUUAACAUAUAUUCAACUAAUUAA